AUGGGCUUCGAAGAUAAGCGCGUCGCCAUCGUCGGCGGCGGCCUGGGCGGCAUGUCCUUUCUUAACGCAGCCUUGUACGUGGGGUUGAAGAAUGUCCAGCUCUAUGAACAGGCACAGCAAUUCCGUGAAGUCGGGGCGGGUGUCAACAUUACCUCCAACGCGAAUCGCGUCUUGGACGCCUUCGGUCUUCAAGAGAGCAUGACGCGCCGCUCCUCCCGCAAACUGCCCUCCUACAUGGAGUAUCACAGCUACAAGACUGGUGAAUAUCUGGGUCACAUUGAAGAAUUCUCGCAACCGCCCGCUCGCUUGUUGCACCGCGCACAUCUCCUUGAAACUUUUAAGGAACGUGUGCCCGAGUCGUCUCUCAACCUGGGCAAGCACUUGGCGUCGAUCGAUCGUAACUCUUCUGGAGCACCCUACACGCUGCACUUCCAAGAUGGCAGCACCGCGGAGGCCGACAUCGUCAUUGGAUGCGACGGCAUCAAGUCCAACGUGCGCCGGGAUAUGGGUCUGGCUGAUUCGCCCAACUACUCGGGUCAGGUUGUGUACCGUGGCUUUGUCGACUACAAGGAUCUGCCCGAGGAGACAGCUCAGCUGCUGCGGAAGACGGUCAACUUCCGUGGCCCUAAGCGACACGUCCUCAUCCUGCCCAUUGGUAACAAGGAAACUCAGACUGAUCGCGCCGCCGUUAUCGGAUUUAUGUCUGAGCCUCUUGAAGCCUGGGACUCGGAGAGUUGGAUGUCACGCUCUGAUAUUGAUAGCCUGCAAGAACAUGUUCGAGACUGGUGCCCGCAGGUGCAACACAUCAUCGAGGGUUUGCGCAAGGCCUCGCCCGAUGGCAAGAUGCUUAAACAAGCUCUUUAUGUGCGUGACCCGAUUGAGAAGUGGUACGAAAUGGGUGGAAAUGAUUCUGGUAUCAUCCUCUUGGGUGACUCCGCUCACUCCACCCUUCCUCACCAGGGCCAAGGAACCUGCAUGGCCAUUGAAUCUGGCCUUGCGCUCGCAACUGUCCUGCGCCACUGGAAGGGUGAUGACUUGGAAGGAGCAUUCCAGUUCUACCAAGACCUGCGCAAGCCUAGGACAGACCGGAUUACACAGACCAGCUACGAAGCUGGAAAGCUUGCCAGCUCGGACACGCCGGACCAGUUGACCGACAACUUUAAUCCGCAGGCAUUGGGAGAGCGCAUGAAGUGGAUUAUGGAGUAUAACGUGCUGGAGGACUUGAGGACCAAGGGAGCUGAUGUCCUGGAUUUCCAUGACUCCCGACUUUGAACAUCUCAGGGAUG